GGAGGGGCCCGGAAGCGAGCGGGAUGGCGGCGUUGGGCAGUGACAGCGAAGAGGACUUGGUCAGCUAUGGGACGGGCCUGGAGCCUCUGGAAGAAGGUGAAAGGCCAAAGAAACCCAUUCCUCUUCAGGAUCAAACCGUCAGAGAUGAAAAAGGCAGAUAUAAGCGAUUCCAUGGAGCCUUCAGUGGCGGUUUCUCUGCUGGGUACUUCAAUACCGUCGGCUCAAAAGAAGGAUGGACACCCUCCACCUUUGUGUCUUCACGACAGAGCAGGGCAGACAAAUCUGUUCUUGGUCCUGAGGAUUUCAUGGAUGAGGAGGAUCUCAGUGAAUUUGGGAUAGCACCCAAAGCGAUUGUUACCACAGAUGACUUUGCUUCCAAAACCAAGGACAGAAUACGAGAAAAGGCCCGGCAGUUGGUGGCUGCGACGGCCCCUAUUUCCUGGAGCUACUCUGCUCGAUGACUUUAUAACGCCAGCAAAGUGAGAAGAAUUCUCCCCUGUUCUGCUCUUGGCAUCAGUGCUCUGCCUGCAGCAUCAUGACAUCUCACUUAAGGGUAGUUUGGUUGCAGGCUAAGUGAAGCCUUGGUAAACUGGAUAGAGUUAAGAGAGGGUUUUCUGGGGUGGUGGAGUGGCACAAGUGGUAGAGCACCUGCCUAGCAAAUACAAAGCCCUGAGUUCAAACUCCAGUACUGUCAAAAAAAAGAGGGGAUCUUGCCUAAUGGGUCAUGCAUUAUUGCUGCAUAGGGGGCUCUAGUACCCCAACCAUUGGCCAGCUGCUGGGGUUCCCAGAGCCUGAAGGGCUAUUAGGAAGUGGAUGACUCCCCUCCCACCUCCCUCACAGGUCUUGUGGGCCCUCCCCUGUCCACCUCAUUCUACCCUUUCUUCUUGCCUCCUUAUUUUGUUCCUGGGCUCAUGAGCUCUGGCCUCAGACCUUCCUGGUUUCCCUCGCCCCAUGUUUGACAGGCAGUAGUCAGAGUUCCUACGUACCCAUUCCCAGGGCCUGGGGGAGCGCACGUCUGAGACCGUUCAGCUCAGUAGUGCCUGAAGCCCAGACCCCUGUAGGGUUACGGUGCUAUAACAUGGAAGAGGAUGAGCACAGGCAAGGCAGGCACAGGAGCUGGGCUGGAGCUCAGAAAUGGCUGGUUUCCUGCUGUUGCUGA